AUGGCUGACCACAUGAUGAUGCCCAUGUCCCACGGCUUCCGCAUGGGCAUGAGUGGUCCCCCCCAGCACAGCGCACAGCCCGGCAUGCGCAACCUCCCCAACGGCCAGAUGAUGCACUACCGGGGUCCCCAGAACACCAUGGAGGCGGCUAUGCGUCAGAGACAGGGCAUGAUGGCACCCGGAGGUAUGGGCGGCCCCAUGGCGAACCACCACCCCCACCACCAGAUGAUGUCGGGGAAUAUGAUGUACAGCAACCAAGGACCACCCCAGCACCCUCAUCACAUGCACCCACAAGUCCAACAACAGCAGCAACAGCAGCAGCAGCAGCAGGGAGGACCCCAACAGCAGUACCACCAAGGGAAUCUUACCUCCCAACAGCUUAUGGCGAGCAUGCACCUUCAGAAACUUAACACCCAAUACCACGGACACCCACUCAACCCGGUUAAUGGACACCACCACCCCAAUGGCGCUCAAUACCGCAUGGGGCACAACCAGCUUCCCGGGAUCCAACACAUUGGCGGGAAUAUGGGGUUCAAUGGCACAGACAUGGACUUGAUCGACGAAGAGGUGUUGACGUCUUUGGUUCUCGAACUGGGUUUGGAUCGCGUCCAGGAGUUACCGGAGCUUUUCCUCGGACAGAACGAAUUCGACUUCUUUUCGGACUUUGUUUGCAAGCAGCAGCCCAGCACGGUUAGCUGUUGA